AUGGAUUCCAGUCUCCUCCAGGAAAUUGAGAAAAUUAGUAAUUUUUUCCAGCGUCUCUCUGAGCAACAUAUAAAACAGGCAGAAACUCCAGAUGCACCAGAACCACAGUGCUGUAUGCCUCUGCCCGCCCACGCUGAGGAGAGCCGACACGAGUCAACGCAGAGCAAAACCAUGCCUCCCGUGGAGCUCACAAUGACUUCUGCAUGCACUAACCUCCCUGGGACAGUUCCCACCCAGGACUUAACAGUGCACCUUCUUAAAGCCCUUGAGAUGUCCCCUGAAGACCUAAGUGAGACUCCUUCCAUGGGCCAGAAAGUGACUUCCUUUGAUCAGAUAAAACACACAGCCGGUUCUCAGAUGACAUAUGUUACUGACACCCCAAAGACAUCACCCACUGAUUGCCUGAAGACAACCAUCACUACAAGCAACAUGACAAUCUCCAGUGAAGGUAGCCUAAGCAGUGACCAGACCCUCAGUGAGAGUCAAACACAAGCCCUGUGUGGAGAUCAAAUGAAGACCCUCAGUGAUGACCAGACUCUCUAUAGGGACCAGAUGACCUCCAGUAGUGACCAGACCCUCACUGAUGGCCAUACAGGGACUUCCAGUGGCGAUGAGGCCCUCUCUGAGGGCCAGAUGAUAACCAGCCUAGGCCUCUAUGGAGGGCAAAUGAUCACUUCCAUUGAUAACCAGACCCUCUGUGGGGAGCAGACAACAACCUCCACUCAUAACCAGGCCCUCUACCAGGGGCAGGUGACAACCUCCACUGAUAACCAAGUCCUCUGUGGGGAGCAGACGAUGACCUCCACUGAUAACCAGACCCUCUGUGGGGAGCAGACCAUGACCUCUACUGAUAACCAGGUCCUCUACGAGGGGCAGGUGACGACCUCCACUGGUAACCAGGCCCUCUGUGGGGGACAGAUGACAACCUCCACUAAUAACCAGACCCUCUACGGGGGACAGGUGACGACCUCCACUGGUAACCAGGACCUCUAUGGGGGACAGAUGAUGACCUCCACUGAUAACCAGGCCCUCUAUGGUGGACAGGUGACAAUCUCCACUGAUAACCAGGCCCUCUAUGGGGGACAGGUGACGACCUCCACUAGUAACCAGACCCUCUACGGGGGACAGGUGAUGACCUCCACUGGUAACCAGGCCCUCUAUGGGGGACAGAUGACGACCUCCACUGAUAACCAGGCCCUCUACGGUGGACAGGUGACGAUCUCCACUGAUAACCAGGCCCUCUGUGGGGGACAGAUGAUGACCUCCACUGAUAACCAGGCCCUCUACGGUGGACAGGUGACGAUCUCCACUGAUAACCAGGCCCUCUAUGGGGGACAGGUGACGACCUCCACUAGUAACCAGACCCUCUACGGGGGACAGGUGAUGACCUCCACCGGUAACCAGGCCCUCUAUGGGGUACAGAUGACGACCUCCACCGAUAACCAGGCCCUCUACAGUGGACAGGUGACGAUCUCCACUGAUAACCAGGCCCUCUGUGGGGGACAGAUGACAACCUCCACUGAUAACCAGGCCUUCUACGGGGGACAGGUGAUGACCUCCACUCAUAACCAGACCCUCUACGGGGGACAGGUGACGACCUCCACUCAUAACCAGACCCUCUAUGGGGGACAGGUGACGAACUCCACUAGUAACCAGACCCUCUAUGGAGGACAGGUGACGACCUCCACUAGUGACCAGGCCUUCUACGGGGGACAGAUGACGACCUCCACUAGUAACCAGACCCUCUGUGGGGGACAGGUGACGAUCUCCACUAGUAACCCGACCCUCUACGGGGGACAGGUGAUGACCUCCACUGGUAACCAGGCCCUCUGUGGGGGACAGAUGACGACCUCCACUGAUAACCAGGCCCUCUACGGGGGACAGGUGACGACCUCCACUGGUAACCAGGCCCUCUGUGGGGGACAGAUGACAACCUCCACUGAUAAGCAGACCCUCUACGUGGGACAGGUUACAACCUCCACUAGUAACCAGGCCCUCUACGGGGGAAAGGUGACGACCUCCACUGAUAACCAGACCCUCUACGGGGGACAGAUGACAACCUCGACUAGUAACCAGACCCUCUACGGGGGACAGGUGACGACCUCCACUGAUAACCAGGCCCUCGUGGGGGGACAGAUGACGACCUCCACUGAUAACCAGGCCCUCUGCGGGGGACAGAUGACGACUUCCACUGAUAACCAGGCCCUCUGCGGGGGACAGGUGAUGACCUCCACUGGUAACCAGGCCCUCUGCGGGGGACAGGUGACGACCUCCACUGGUAAGCAGGCCCUCUGCGGGGGACAGGUGACGACCUCCACUGGUAACCAGGCCCUCUGCGGGGAACAGGUGACGACCUCCACUGGUAACCAGGCCCUCUGCGGGGGACAGGUGACGACCUCCACUGGUAACCAGGCCCUCUACGGGGGACAGGUGUUGAUCUACACUGGUAACCAGGCCCUCUGUGGAAGCAACAUGGCAAUAUAUAGUGACAACUCGACCCUCUCUGGGGGCCAUAUGCUGACCCUUCAGGCAGGCAAUAUGACAACCCUCACUGGUGACCACAGCCUUUAUGGGGGAUAUAUGACAUCCUGUCAGCCCUCAUUGUCAUACCCAGGAUUCCUAUGCUUUUCAAGUUCCCAUUUGAUUCAAGGACAAGUCUCAGAAAAGCAGAAGACCCAGAGCAGCCAGUUCUGGAAGAAUCCUAAGAUUUCGAAGCCCUUCAUCUGCCCACAUGAGGACUGUAAGAAGUCUUAUUCAAAGGCUUGCCACCUUCGAACCCACAUGCGUAAGCACACUGGCGAGAAGCCCUUCGUAUGUGACGUGGAGGGAUGUACGUGGAAAUUCGAUUCCGCUCAGAUGAGCUCAGCAGACACAAGAAAAAGGCACACUGGUGAACGGCCCUACCUGUGUCGUUGCAACCAGAAUUUUGCACGAUCUGAUCACCUGAAGCAACAUGCAAAGGUCCACAGCAUUUGCCCAGAAUUAUGA